UAUUCAUCCUCUAUAGAGGACUCUUCCCGCCAAAUCAAAAGAGGCGCCCCGGUGGAGCCAUCGCCAGGGCCCAGCAGGCUUUCCGUGGUCGCAGACCAAGAGGAAAAAAAGGCAGGAAAGACCCGACUAAACCCCGCUUGGUGUGGAAGUGGAUAGUCUCAGACAGUCUGAAGGGAAGUGCUUUUCUCCUCUUCGAUUACACCAUCCUGGUGAUUGAACAGAGCUACCACUUCAAGGAGUUUUAACAUUUACAAUCAAGUACAUCGAGCCUUCGGCAAUAUCAGUCGCAGGCCUUGCUAACCACGCCAGAUCGCCUGAUGGACUGCGGGAGUGCUGAUAAUGCGCCGGGCGUCGAUCCCAACUUUCUCAGCUCAUGGGAUUUCAACAACACCUUCUCGGAUUUGACCUGGGACCAGAAUGCUCUUGACAACCUGCCAGAAUUGGACUCGUAUCAGGAUUCCAACGAAGGGGAUGCCGAAUUGUUCGACUUUCUCUCUGCCCAGGGCCCGCCCAGUCGCGACAGUCUUGACCCCUCGGUCAUUGACGCGACGAGUAUCGACUUGAGCAAUGCUCCAGUCGGUGUCGCGGACGGUGUGAACUUCGUUGGAGGAACGUUCAGUCCCAGGACGCAUCCGUCCGCUGAUGACAACUCCUUCCCGGAUAAUGCGUGGUCUCAGUUCCAACUUUCCCAUACCAAUGGCCUCGUGAUGCCAAUGGAUCCAGUCUACUCCAAUCAAUACUCAAAGGCCGCGCUUGGACCAAAUGCGCCCGUGAUUGUCGGCGAAGGUGAACGGGGGAUGGAUACUGGACUAACGGGCUAUCAACGGGCACGUAGCUUGUCUGCCUAUCAACAAUUGCGCCAGUCAGUGUCGUACAACAACAAUAACAACAGCAACAACAGCAACAACAAACACAAUGGAUGGCGUAAUUCGAUCAGCUAUACAGCUUCAUUCGGACCGACACAGUUCCCUAUUUCACCACCGCUAGAGGCACAGUCGGAAAACCCGAUGUCUGGUACAGCAACGAAUCACCAAUGGUUCCCCAGCACUGACAUGUCAGUUGGUACAAAAUUGACUGAUGCUUUUGCGACCAUGUCGCAUGAUGUAUCCGUCUAUAGCCGAUCGCAACCGGUUAAACCAGAGCCUCAAACCGGAGCAAGCAGCCCUUCUAUACACAGUACUGGAGGCGUUGCUGUGUCUAUCGACUCAUACAGUAGCAUGGCAAACAACGAUUUGCCUUUGUAUGCCGAGAACGAUGUGAAGGACGAGCAGUUACAUGUUCUAGAAUGGGAAGAACCCGUCUCGCCAGACAAAUCUCUGGAAUCAUCACCUGAAUUUCCCAAAAUCAAUGGUUUCAUGGUUAGUGAGGAUACAUCUGAUAUCCCACAAAUGUCGCUCGAGCAGGAGCGACGAAAUCCUACUAGCUCUCGUCACACCCAUUCGGCGCUUCAACCAGCGUCGGUCGCCCGCAGGCGCAAACAGAGGAACUCCUCUGUCGUCAACAUUGACAAGAUUCAACAGCCAAGACCUCUGCAGAUCGUCCAGGAAGAUGGACUAGGAGGGGCUAUAUCGUCGGAAGACUUUGUAUGCCCUCCCCGAGGUGCUCGUCGAAAGGGCCCCUUGACCAUUGUAGGCAGAGCCAAUGCCGGAUUACGGCGGAAGAACAAGGACACGUGCGUUCAGUGUCGGCUGAACAAACGCAAGUGCGACGGUAACUCGCCUUGCGAUGCUUGUCGUCCUACGCUACAAGAGCAGCCUUGCGCUCGAGCAUGCUUUGCUAGCAUAGUUGAAUACGGGACCUGCAACUACAUAUCACAACGGGCAAUCAAUCACCCCACAUCUACCUCAGGCGAGCAGCGAAUUCGAAUCGAGAUUCCUUCAGCGUUCGAUCUCCAAGAGCUACUGACUUACCUCGGUGAGCGACGCGGCAAAUUCAAUAUACGCGCCAGUCAGUCUUGGGGAUCUCUUUACGUGCUUGACCUUGGGGAAACAUACAAAUUCCUCAAAAAUCUGAGCGAGUACAAUGACAAUUCUCAAUCGACAUUCCUAGAGUUCAUUGAUCAUCGUGUCAUCGACUCGAAGGAUAAGACCAAGAAUUGGCUCAGCUGCGUGAAGGAUUGCGAUCCGAUGAAUAAUGUUUAUAAACUCCUCUCGCAAUGGAAUAACAUGCCCAGCCGGGCAUCCUACAGUUUUGUCUCCCUGGAUGGGAACGCGAAUGAGAAGAUGAUGGAUGUUAGCAACAACCAGGAUCGUCGAGAUAUUCUACUUGCCGCUCAAUUGUCCCGAAUAUUUUGUCGUCUACUCGAAGUUGAGGGUUUCCGUAAACUUGAGCGUGAUUUUUACAACAUCAAAUGGAAACGGAUCAGCUUGGAUGCCCACCUUCGAUUCUUGGAAGAGCUAGGACAUAUUCUUCUGUCACUGCGCUGGCGAGUCUCUUGGUGGAAACGGCUUGGCGAUGGAGGCAAACAGCCAGAUCCCGGCCAGCAACAUUACAUUGAUCGCGUCGAACUCCUUUGUCGAAUCCUCUAUGUGUAUUACACCAGUGUCCUCACCAAACUUCCGGCAUGGUCAGCCACCGACAACCUGAAAGGCAAGUGGUCGCGAUAUGCGGAUACUGAAAAGGAGAUAUGGGAUGAUUUCCCAGAAAAUCCCACCGAGGCUGGAUUCCAACGAUGGAUGGAACAUGGUCGAGAAUUGAUCGAGGAGGCUGGUAGUCCCAUUCGGGUUACUAUGAUCUCCAAAGCUUGAUUGUCUCUCCAUUGAAUGAUGACUCACGAUAUGAUAGCGGCUGUUUUACCUUCUUGUUCAUUCUACUCUUUCCACAUUUCUUCAUUCUUGUGUUAAAUUUUGCUAUGUGUCUUUUUGUAAUAAAACCCGAACCGAAGGACACCGAUUCGAGAUACCCAGGGCAAGCGAGUUUCAUAUUGACAUUCAACCGGAUCUAUGCACAUUCAGAAGUUGCUUUUGCAAAAUCUGAUCUGGUUGAAUUUUCUUUACCUUUUCAUUCGAUAGCACAUAGUUUAUUUUUUUUUGGUGUUGAUAGUAUAGCAUUGGACCAAUGAACACUUUUUUC